AAGAAACUAACUCACCUGCGGCGUAUUCCUCAAAUACUCGAUGUUUGUUUUCAUUUCAUCUGUCACGACUAGCCGCGCCGGAAGUACAACGGAGCAGCACGGCGUCAUAUUCGUGCGUCGUGCGCGCUUACCGUUAAGCUCACGCAGGAUCGAAGAUCUGAACUUCAAACAUGGCUCGAAAUGCAGAGAAGGCCAUGACGGCCUUGGCCAGGUUUCGUCAAGCUCAGCUGGAGGAGGGAAAAGUGAAGGAGAGACGACCUUAUCUUGCCUCCGAGUGUAAUGAGCUGCCCAAAGCAGAGAAGUGGAGAAGACAGAUCAUCAGUGAGAUUUCAAAGAAGGUUGCCCAAAUUCAAAACGCUGGUUUGGGUGAGUUUAAGAUUCGUGAUCUGAAUGAUGAGAUCAACAAACUGCUCCGAGAGAAAGGACACUGGGAAGUGCGCAUCAAGGAGCUCGGAGGACCCGACUAUAGGAGAUUUGGGCCGAAGAUGUUGGACCAUGAAGGUAAAGAAGUUCCUGGAAACAGAGGAUACAAGUAUUUCGGCGCAGCCAAAGAUUUACCUGGAGUCCGAGAGCUGUUCGAAUCAGAGCCUGUACCGCCACCCAGAAAGACACGAGCUGAGCUGAUGAAGGACAUCGAUGCGGAUUAUUACGGUUACAGAGAUGAAGAUGAUGGUGUUUUACUCCCACUGGAGCAGGAAUAUGAGAAACAAGUGAUGGCAGAGGCUGUGGAGAAAUGGAAAGCCGAUAAAGAGGCUCGAUUAGCUGUCGGUGGAGGCGUGAAGGACACUGAAGAGGAGGAGGAAUAUAUUUACGCUGUCAGAGACGAGGAGCGGUCCGAUGAUGAAACGGGAGAUCAGAUGGAGGGAGAAGAUGGAGCGCAGUCCUUCAUCUCUCAUGUUCCUGUGCCCUCACAGAAAGAGAUCGAGGAAGCGCUGGUGAGGAGGAAGAAGAUGGAGCUGCUGCAGAAAUACGCCAGCGAGAGUCUGAUGGCACAGAGUCAAGAGGCCAAAGCUCUGCUGGGUUUAUAGUGGAGCAGUAUUUGGGUUUGAGUGCUUCAUAUUACAGUCUCGAGCAGUCGUGAAACUUAAUGCAUCCAGAUCUCUGUCGUUUCACAUGAGAACACACAACGAGACUAAUAACAGCACUGAUGCUGGAGAAUGCUGAAUGGGAAACAGAUUAAGUGUGCUUGAAGAUGCUUAAAGGGACAGUUCACCCAAAAAUUAAACUGUACUCACUGUUUACUCAUCUGCAAGGGGUUUCAGACCUUUCUUUCUUCUGCUGAACACAAAAGAAGUUAUUCUGGAGGACGGUGACCUGGCGGCCUGUAACCAUUGACUUCCAUAGUAUUUGUUUUCCCUACUAUGGAAGUCAAUAGUUACAGUAUCACUUUAUAUAUAUAUAUAUAUAUAUAUAUAUAUAUAUAUAUAUAUAUAUAUUGAAAAUAAAGCAAUACAACUAAACAGGAUAAUCCCAAAAUAAAACAUAGAAAGUGAAUAGUACUGGAGCUAAACAAAACAAUACAAACAGACAUGCAAGUAUACACACAUACACUUUAUACAUGUACAGAUAAUAUACUGACCUCGAAAGGAAAUAGUAAAAACAAAAAGGGGGACAAAUAUUAAUAAUCCUUAAAUAGCUAAUAGAUUUAAAAAAUUGCCUUUAUUUUUUACAUUUCUGUGAAUGUUCUGUGAAUUUAUUUUUUAAUAAUUAUUAUUAUUAUUAAUAUUAUCAUUAACAUUAUCAUUAUUAUUAUUAUUAUUACCUCCCUCCUCUCUUUUGUGACUGAAUCACUUUAAAGUGUUACGUUUUAAAAGAGAGAUCUGUUUAUAUUUAUAAAACACACACACACCCAUGCCAGAUUUCCAGCAUUUUUCUAAAUAUCUUCUUUAAUGUUCAGCAGAAGAUAGAAACUCAAAAAGGUUUGAAACGAUUAUAAUAAAUUAUGACCAAUUUUAAAUCCAAAAAUGAACGUUUCCUCACAAUUUCCUUAGACUUGUCCUUCUUCUGUUGAACAUGAAGCAUGAUAUUGUGGAGAAUCUUGGAAAAAAGCAGCCACUGACCUCCAUAGUAGGAACAAAACCAAAUACCACAGAAAUCAAUGUCUGCGUUCUUCAGUAUAUCUUCCAACAGGAGAAAGAAUCUCAAACAUGUUUGGAUCAAUCGGAGGAAGUAAUGACAGAAUUAAAUUUUCGGUGAACUAUCCCUUUAGUUUCUGGUCGUGUUUCAGUGUUAUGGGAUGUGAUUACACAGUAACUGGCUCAUGCUGAUUAUGGCAAAUUGUGCAUUGCAUUUGAAAGUGUAAUCUGGAUGACUUGUAAUUGUUUUUAUUGUUGAAAUUGGGAAGUUUGUUCGAUCUUCAUUUGUCCAACCUUUAAAAGUAAACCUCUGUAAAUAUUUUGUACACUAUUUUCACUUUGCCUUUCUUUAGGUAAGACGAUUAAAAAUGUUUGUUUUUUUACAAAAAUGUUUCUCUGUUCAUAUGCGCUUCCUUUGCAAAUGCAUUUGGGAAUAUGUGCACGCGGCUCAAAGGUUUAAACAAAUCAGUGAUGAGAGACGGUUUGUUGCAUGUGACCAGCCUGACGGAAAUAAACCACAGUCACGUUUACAGCAUCAGGAGCAAAUCUAAUAUUCCUGUUCAAUUAAAGCGCCUGAGUUCUGCAGGAUAAUGCAGACCGAUGCCAUAGAGAUCUUUCUGAAUUCUAGAAUUGGAGUUUAUAUUACUUUAAGAGAUGCCCUCAUCUAACUGGCAGAGUCUGUCUUAAAGCUUUAUGUUCAGAUGUAAAUAAAAGCAGAGAUAUAGAUGUUUCCACAA